UUAUCACUAGACGCAGUAGUACUUGACAGUGUCUCUCCAAUCUUGAUAGUUUUCACUAUUGUGUGCCCUAAACAAGCGAGCCUUAAAUCGGCCGCAAGAUGCGGCGAACGCCAACGCUAUUGCCCAAAUGCGCGUCUUUGUUUAUUGCGGCAGCAGCUUUCGCAGAGGAAAACUGGGACAAUGUGCUCGAGCGUUACAAUCCACUAGAAAAACCUCCAAAUCCUACGGAGGUACAUAUCAAUAUGUUCAUACGGAGUAUGCGAAACUUCGACAGCAACGAUCAAAGCUUUCAGGCGCAAAUUAUCCUUUGGCACCAAUGGAAUGAACCGAGACUGAUUUAUGGUAACGACACCGUGCCCUACCAGAUGAUUGACCGCGCUCGCAUAUGGAAGCCCGAUACGUUUUUUACUAACGAACUCGACGGCUGGCGUCAUAGCAUCGUGAAGGACAACGCCCUAGUCCGUGUGUAUCCUAACGGGGAUAUUCUUAUGAGUGAGCGUUUAAGUCUGACCUUGAUGUGUCCAAUAAACCUAGCAGCGCUUCCUUUUGACUCACAAGUUUGUAGCAUUCGGAUCGCAAGCUAUGGAUAUACUACAGACUCGUUGAUCUACACAUGGAAGGAGGGCGAUCCUAUUCAAGUCAGCCCGAGUCUUUAUCUGCCGGGGUUUCGUCUGACUCAGUUUGACACGGACUACUGCACCUCACAAACCAGUAUAGGUGAAUAUCCGUGUUUACGGGCAGAGUUCACAUUUAAGCGCAUUUGGAAUUACCACCUGUUACAGGUGUACAUACCUAUGACGAUGUUGUGCGUGAUUGCCUGGUUUACUUUCUGGGUUAACGACACGUUGAUGCGGAUAACGAUGCUGAUGUUUACGUUAGCAUUAGCUGUUCUUGAGACCGGCGUGAUUAACUAUUAUUCGUUUCCUUGCGCUGGAUCCACGAAAACAAUCGACUACUUCACUGGUGUCGGGAUUACGUUCAUUUUCGGCGCCCUAGCAGAAUACGUUAUUGUGAAAUGGCUGGAAGGAAAGGAGGAGAAAGAAACAACCGCAAACAGAAUGGAUGCCUUAUGCCGCAUCCUUUACCCUAUUGCAUAUAUUGGAUUCGUUGCUCUUUAUUUUUUGACUGUCCUACCUAAAAGGUAUUAAAGAAGUCGAAGCAGCUUCUUCUUUUUCAGCGACUGCUGCGAUAUAAUGAAAAAAAAAACAA